CAAUGAGAGGCUACCCUAACUGAAUAAAUUAAUAAAUUAUGUUGAUGUUUGCGAUCAUCAACAUUAUCAAUAAACAUCAUUUACACCAUCAUAUACAACAAUAUCAUCAGCAUCAUCAUCAGCAUCAACAACAACAUCAUCAGCAACAUCAUCACCACCCCUAGCAUCAGCAGAAAUAUCAACAUCAUCAUCAGCAACAGCAACAACAACAUCAGCAGCAUCAACAACAACAACAACAUCAUCAGCAUCAACAACAUCAGCAACACCGUCACCAUCUAGAACAGAGGGGAGGGAAGACUGCGGCCUAGUCGGCCUCGGGCCAUCCCGAGUUUUCCUAGCGGACCCGCCGCGCCCGGAGCGCCUCCCCCGGCAGGAGUCGGGAUCGAAUAACGGGAGGUCGUGGGUUCGAUCCCGGCCCUGGCGACGCCAACUGCUGUAUAUUUGGAGUCUGCGUGUCUCUCUCUCUCUCAUCAUCAUCAGUGAGUGGGUGAGGCUUGGCCCGAGCGAGUUCCCGCCUUUUCACGAGUUGAUUCCGCCCCCCGCCGUGGCUUUGUCGGCACGAGGCUUCUGCGCCGGUGAGUGUCAAGGGCUCCAACGGGCCCCAAACCGCUGCCCCGUCGUCACCGCCGCCGUGGACAAAGCGCCGAUGCUCGACAUCAUGAGCUGCGUGGAGAGGGACCUUCUGGACCUCAUGUUGCGCACGGGCUACAACGUCGUCCAGGAGAACGGACAGAGGAAGCUGGGACCGCCGCCCGACUGGCAGGGCCCCCCUCCCGCCCGCGGCUGCGAGGUGUUCGUGGCGAGGAUCCCGCGCGACCUGUACGAGGACGAGCUGCUUCCCGUGCUGGAGGCGGUGGGGCAGCUGUACCAGCUGCGCCUCAUGAUGACGUACGACGGAGAGAACCGCGGCUACGCGUUCGCCACCUUCGCGACGCGCUCGCAAGCCGCGGACGCCGUCAAGAGACCCCACGACUUGGAGAUCCGCCCGGGGCGACGGAUCGCGGUUUGCGUGAGCGUCGACAAUCGCCGCCUCUUCUUGGCGAGGCUGCCGAAGGACAAGACGCGGGCCGAGGUGAUGGCGGCGAUGAGCGACGCCACGGAGGGCGUCGUGGACGUCCAGAUGCGCUUCUGUCGCUACGACAGGAGCCUCAGCCGAGGCUACGCGUUCGUCGAAUACGAGAGCCACCGCGCGGCCUGCAUGGCCCGCAGGGUGCUGCUGCCGUACUCCUUCCGGCUGUGGGGCCGGGACAUCAACGUGGACUGGGCCAUCCCGCAGCGAGAGCCGGGGGAGGAGGUGGCGGCGGUCCCAGGCCUCCCGCAGCCGGAGUGCGCCGUCUGCGGCAAGGUCCCGCACAGCCUGUUUGUGGGCUGGGCGGCGCGCACGCAGCUCUGGCGGGCACCCCGCCACUCGCGGCCCACGCCCGUCGGUCUGGACGAGCUGCCGGAGGCGGCCGUCUUGUCGUGGGAGACGCGUUUGCAGGCGCUGCUACGGAGCGCCGGCGUGGGCCACGCGACCUUCGAACUGCACGCUCACUCGGAGCCCGGCAGGCCCAUGGGCCUCCUGUACAAGGUCUCCGUUCCCGGGAUGAUGCGGGAAGGCAGCGGCUUCUUCCCCGCGGUGCUGAGCUCCAGCGUGGAGGGAGCGCGCGAAGUUGCCAGCGAGCUCCUCCACGAAAUCCUCAGCGACGCGAACCCGAGGGCGGGCCCGGCCCCCGUCGCGACGGCGCCUCCCGGCCGCCCCGUCCGGGACCUCCCGGCGUAUCCCGGCGACUUCCCCGCGCCCCGGCAGCCGGUCGCCGCGCGCCUGCCGACAAGCGGCACGCACCCGUAGUGCCGCGUGGCCGUCGUGGCGGCGUUCGUCAGACCGCGGACGGUGUCCUACCGCUUGAAGCUCACAUCCGUUCUGCCGUGUUCACCGUCAAACUGCAAGUUGCCCGGCCGCUCACUCGACAUGGUCACGUUGCCGCAUGCCAGAGCUCGCAAUCGGGUACCCGUACACGUUCCCUACCCGAUACCCGGCUACCCGUACCCGGCCGGGUACGGGUAGGGUACAGGUAUCGGGUACCCGAUUGCGACCUCUGGGAUGAAGCCACGUUGCAGGCGCGGGUGGGUUGAUUCUAGGAACUUGAAUUGUGAGAAGAGACAAGACGUUGGCAAAUGAGUGACACACGGUGACUCACCAGUGACUCACGGCUUACCCGUACCCGGCCGGGUACGGGUAGCCGGGUAUUGGGUAGGGUACGGGUAUCGGGUACG